CCCUUAACUCUCUCUUAACGGGGCGUCCCGGCCGGGUUCGCGGCUCCCGGCAGCCGCCGCCUCCCCUCGCGGCACUUCCGGACCCCGGCGUCGCCCUUUUAAGGGGCAGCCCCCAGCAGCGCUCUCCCCGCCCCCUGUUGCCGGCGCGCGAGGCGGGGGAGCCGGGCUGGAGCGGAGCGCGCGGUCCGCGCGGCCACUGGAGACCAGGCGGCCGGCGGCCGGGCAGGCGGCGGCGGAGCGCGCGGCGGCGUGGCGGCGGAUGGGGACGCGGAGCCGGGCGGCUGUGGCGGCUGUGGCUGUGGCGGCGGCGGGGAAGCAGCUGACGGGCCGGCGGCGGCGGCGGCGCUGGCGGCGGUGACUGGUCCAGGCCCCGGCGGCGGCUGCAGCGACGCGGUGGCGGGCUGCGGGCGGGCGGCGUGAGGAGCGGCGGCGGAGCGCGGGGCCGCCGGGAACCGAGGGCGCCGGGCCGCCCCCUGCCCAGUCCUUGCAGGCCGCCAGGCCCCCUCCAGCCGGGGCCGUGGAGCACCGGGGCAAAGGCCGGGGCCCCCCCAUGAAGGAGCGCGACGCGGCCCCGGCCGAGCGGGGCAAGCCGGCCACCUACACCGGGGACAAGAAGGCGAAGAUGGCGGCCAAGACCAACAAGAAGUGGGUCCGGCUCGCCACCGUGUUCGCCUACGUGCUCUCCGUGUCGCUGGCCGCCAUCGUGCUCGCCGUCUACUACAGCCUCAUCUGGCAGCCGGUGGGCGCCGGGACCUCGGGGGGAGCCGUUGGCCCGCCCCCCGGCGGCUCCAACGCCACUGGCCCGUCUGGGACUUCGGGGGCGGCGGCGGCGGGGCCCAAUACCACUGGGUCGUCCCGCCGCGAGGCGCCGCGCGACGCUCCCCCACUGCAGGCGGCGCGACCGGCGCCUCCGGAGCCCCCUGCGGACAGCCCCCCGGCCGGGCCGCUCGAGCGGCCUCGGGGGCCGGACGAGGACGAAGAGGAAACGGCGGCGGCGCCCGGGAGUCGUUGAAGCCCUCCGCGCUGGAGGCCGCCGGGAACCAUCCUCCCCAAGCCCAGAGUGCCCCCACCAAAGAGGCUUCUUGUUGCAGCCCUCAGUAUCUGGAUAUGGGCCAGGGAGGAAGGAAGGGAAAGAGCAAUGCUGCUGUGCUUCAAUCCUGGCCUUCCCCUCACAGAAUUCUUUUAGGAAGAGCAAGCUUUUAAUCCUUUGAACUUGUAGAACAUCUGGGAGUCCACUUCCCUGUCCUCGUCCUGAUCCCUGCUUUCUGGACUGUUUAAAUCCUCUUUGGGAUGGAUCAGAGAGUCUAGAGAGGCCACUCAUAGGUCCAGCUGCUGGCCUCCUGACUCUCCAAAGCCUUCACUGGAAUUGGGACAUUUGCUCCAGCCCUAGCUGUGAACAUGACCAGAGACAUUAUUUAUAAUUCAGCCAUUUAAGAUAUACCUGUACUCAAAAAGUCCUGUAUAUUUUUUAAAAGUUUUAUUUUUCAGGUGAACAAAAAUACAUCCUAAGAACUCUGCC